GUGCGCGAAAAAGUGAUGAUUAUUGAUUGCGACCGACACAGAGCUGCGCGUCGCAUGUGGAUGACGCGCCACCACCGGCAAGAAGACGCCUGGAUUUCUGCUGCAAUAUCAUCCCAUGAAUUGGAUCCAUAGGCUCUCAAACAUGCACGGUCCUCUUUGAGCUCCUUAACAAGACCAGGGGGAUGAAUCAGAAUGCAGUAUGUGUCAGGCUCUGGCUCUCUGGCUGUUGAUACUCCCUGCUCUGAUCCGGGUGUCAGUCCAGGGGCCUCACCAGCGGUUUCUGCUCACGGAGCUGCUGAGGGACUACAACCCCAUGGAGAGGCCUGUGGCCAACGACUCCCAGAGUCUCACUGUCCAGUUCUCCUUUACUCUGAUGCAGGUCAUGGAUGUGGAUGAAAAGAACCAGAUCCUCACCACGAAUGCCUGGCUGCAGAUGCAGUGGUAUGACCACUACCUCCAGUGGAACCAGUCGGAGUACCCUGGAGUUAAGAGCCUGCGAUUCACUACUGACCAGGUCUGGACACCUGACAUAUUACUUUACAACAGUGCUCAUGAUAAGUUUGAUGCUAGCUUUAAGACCAACGUGCUGGUUAACUCCAGUGGCUUCUGUGAGUAUCUGCCUCCAGGAAUAUUUGUCAGCACAUGUAACGUGGAUGUGCGGUGGUUUCCAUUUGACAUCCAGCGCUGUGAACUGAAGUUUGGCUCCUGGACGUUUGACGGCUGGCUGCUCGACCUCCAGAUGAAGGAGGCAGAUGUGUCAGGAUACAUGACCAAUGGAGAGUGGGACCUAGUGGAGGUCCCUGGAGGUCGUCACGAAGUGUUCUAUGACUGCUGUCCAGAGCCCUACCCCGAUGUCACCUUUGUGGUGACCUUACGAAGGAGGACAUUGUUUUACGCUCUCAAUCUCCUCAUGCCCUGUGUGCUUCUCUCCUCCAUGACUCUGGUGGUUUUCCUGCUCCCCGCCAAUUCGGGGGAAAAGAUCAGCCUAGGCAUCACGGUUCUGCUUUCCCUGACUGUCUUCAUGCUGAUGGUUGCAGAGAUUAUGCCCGCCACUUCAGAUUCUGUGCCCUUGAUAGGUCAGUACUUUGUGAGCACCAUGGUGAUUGUCGGGAUGUCAGUCGUGGCCACAGUCCUCGUCCUUCAGUGCCAUCACCAAAACCCCAACAGAGGACACAUGCCACGUUUGGUGAACUUGGUUCUGCUGCAGUGGGUUCCUUGGUUUCUGCGGAUGAAGCGUCCAGGAGAGGGAGGGGAGCCGCCUCUUUACAGCUGCCAAGUCGACUCUCAGAACAAGACCCUGUCCUCCCCCACCACCACGCCCAUGCCCUCCAUCCUCCCCCAGACUCUCAACUCCCUGCAGGCCAGCCUGGCUCAGGUCAACCACCCUCUGUCACACCCACCGCCCCACCGGCCCAACUCUCAAACUGUUAUCCUCCCUAAUCCCAUCCACAGAGAUCCCAGCCCCAAUCCACACCCACAGCCCAACGGCCAUCUGCUUUACAUGGGCUUCCAAACCUUCCAGACCACUGCAGAGCUGGAGCCAGUUCACAGGAGCAGAGCCUCAAGUCAUGGGAGGUUCAGCAAUGGACUGGAUGGAGGAGAAGGAGAGGGAGCUAAGGCAGCAGCAGCAGGAGGAGAAGGACCAGCUCGAGAUACAACUAUCCAUCACCACAUCCAAUCUUCCAAGUUUGGGAGCCCCCCACGUGAAACUCCGCUGUCCCCGGACCAUGAUCCCUUAACCGCAACCUCUGGACCCUGUGGCCUAGAGGCUGGGGUCGGAGCAGGGACAUCAGCUGCUCUACAUACCCACAGCGGUGUGAUCCGGUCUGUGGCAGUGGACAACCAGCUGCAGGCUCUUCUGAUGGAGGUGCAGUUUUUAGUGGAGCACGUGAAGGAGCAGGACCGGCAGCUCAGCGUGUCAGAGCAGUGGCAGUUUGCUGCGGCUGUCAUCGACCGCCUGUGCCUCGUGGGAUUCAGUGUUUUCAACAUCAUCUGUACCAUCGCUAUUCUCAUGGCUGCACCCAACUUUGGAGAGGCUCUGUCCAAAGAUUUCCUCUGACCGAUUAAAAACAAAGAGAUAUGAGAGAGUAGGAGAUGUCAAGGAUUUGUGGAAGCACAUCGGCUGCCAAUGACACCGGCACACACAAUUCAUAUUCAGUAAAUUGACUGAUGUACAGAUGUCAUGAUGCUAUUUUUUUGUGUGUGCCAUUUUUCAAAGAUACACAUUUACUCUUCACACAUCCUCUUUGCAAGAGUUUCUAUGAAUGUUUGUUUGAUGUGUUUUUUUCCUCUUGUAAUAUUAUUUGACUGUGAAAUAUGAAAUGAAGACUUUUGUGAAUGAGGAUCGCAUCAUCACAGAUUCCAUGUGAUCCCUGGGAAGCAUGACUUCACCUUAUGUGUUAUAAAGUAUUUGUACUGGAUGCUAAAGUACAACGUAUUUGUCUCUGGAUGCUUCAUGAAGAUGCUCAGUAGAGGAACUGGACCCUGAUGCAUGUAAACCUGCAUUUCCUGACAAUACAGCCCAGAGUCUCUGUGUGCUGUUACUUCCCGAAAUACUAUUUAUAGAGAGAUACACACAGUUUGUUCCCACUGGAAGGGUUCUUUACAGGAAUACCUUUUUUAUUAUUACCUUAGAAUAGUUGUUUGGCUUCCUUCUCAUUGCCAUUGUGAUCACGGUAGCUGCACAGUACACUGAAGUAAAAAUGUACUGGAGAAAACUACUCUGGAUACUGCCAUAGAGGUUGCUUUAGAAAAAAAGAAAAAAGGAUUGGAUAUGUCCCAUCGACCAAGAGUCCCCUUUUCAAAGGACUCCUGGCCGACAUGCAACACAAGAUGACAACAAGUGAGUGUAAACAGACACACACUCAGAAGAGAAGACAAUGCAACAACAUAUAACGUCACAAGGAACAAAGUGCAUUACAAGCCAAGUUACAUCCAACUCCGUUGAAGCACCAACGACCCUGUCUCCUUAUCUUUUGAAAUUGAUUUGUUAUUCACCUUCUAAAAAAAAUUAAACUGUACAAUGACACGUUAUCUCAGCUGAGAGACUCGUUUCAAGAACUCUCUCGUUUCCAAAUAUGCGAUACACUUUAACACAGACUUCUGUACAACACACACACACACACCUUUUAUCCAUUCACUCACUUUUGUAUAUGCAGGAACAUGUAAUCUCUAUGACCCUGGCUGUACCCUGAAUGUAAACUGCGUCAUACAUUUUGCAGGAGUGUUGAAUGCCAAUGAGUUGUGACAGAUGUAAACAUAGUGAAAUAAACAGCCUUGUGUUUUGGACUUUCGAGA